UUCUUUUCUCUUCUCUCUGAGAAGCUCAACAGGUUAGGGAGGUUUUAAUUUUCAAAUUGAGAAAUUAAUUAUCAUCAAUUUCCAAUAGAGAAGUUAUGUUUGUGCUUGUUUUCAAAGUAUUUUUAGUGGAUACUCAUAUAAGAAAAUCAACUAUGAAGAAGAUCAAGAGAUUCAAGACUCUUAAUCUAAAAUUGAAACCUAAACCUAGAUGAAGGAAACCCAAAACCUAAAAUCGUUGCAGUGAUUGGUUUUAAUUUGUAAGUAUUUAAAUGGCAUCAUCCGAUUCGCAACCACCGGAUGGUACACCGAUUCAGUCAGAAACGGAGAAGAGAAGAGGAAAAACAGACCCUGCUUGGGAGUAUGCACUGGAAGAGAAGGAUCCAGCGACCAAGAAAAAUUCUAUAACCUGUUUGCUUUGUCGGAAAAAGAUAACAUGUGGAGGAAUUAAUAGGCUUAAACAGCAUCUUGCCGGGAAAAGAGGGGAAGUUGCGCCAUGUAAAAGAGUUGGUCAAGAUGUUCGACAUAAAAUGCAGGAGUUGUUAAAUCAAUCAUCUACAAAGAAGCGAUAAAGAGAAAGUGAGCCUGACAAUGAGCUUGGUGUAGAAGAUGAUACUGAAGUUCAGGAAAUUGAAGAAGUUCCAAUGACGGCGCAAACCUCUGUACCCACAAAUGCAAACAGAAAUGGAGGUAAUAAGAAGGCAUCGGUGCAUAUGGGAGUAAGCCAACCAAGAAUGGGGAUAGAUUCAUAUUUUGCGCCUCAAACUACUCCUGGUUCUCAACCAUCUAUAAAAAGUGCGCUUGCGAGCAAAAAAGUAAAGCAACAUGUGGAUUUAGCUAUUGCUACUUGGAUGUAUGAUGCUUGCAUCCCAUUUAAUGCUGUAAACUCGUACUAUUUUCAACCUAUGCUAGACGCAGUGGCUGCAAUUGGUCCUGGAUAUAAGGCCCCCACAUAUAAUGACAUUCGCACUCAUUUAUUAAGAGCGACCGUGAAGGAAGUGCAAUUGUUUGUGGAAAGUUUUCGAAAUUUUUGGGCAGAUACAGGUUGCACAAUUAUAGCUGAUGGUUGGAAAGAUACAAGUAACCACACUCUAAUAAACUUUUUAGUCGAUUGUCCAAAGGGAACAGUUUUCUUUAAAUCAGUGGAUGCCUCUGAGAUAGUAAAGACGGGGGAAAACCUUUUCAAGUUGCUUAAAGAAGUUGUUGAAAUCGUUGGUGACAAGCAUGUUGUUCAAGUGGUAACUGAUGACGCAUCAAAUUAUGCACUUGCUGGAAAAUUAUUACACGAAGAGUUCCCUAAUAUGCACUGGUCACCUUGUGCUGCUCACUCUAUCAAUUUGAUUUUAAAGGAUUUUGGAGAACUAGCUCAUAUUAAAGAUGUCGUGAAGAAAACAUCGCAGGUAACAGAGUACAUUUACAAUCAUUUAUUUGUUUUAACUUUAUUACGACAAAGACCCAGCUGGACAGAAAUUAUACGACCUGCUUCCACUCGAUUUGCCACAAAUUUGAUUGCAUUGCAAAGCAUUCUCUCUCAUAAGCAUCACUUGCAGGGAGUAGUUACAUGUGAAAAAUUUGUUGAAUCUGAUUACUACAGACAAGCUACCGCAAGAGAUUUUUGUAAAGUUAUAAUGGAUGUGGAGUUUUGGAAUACUUGCACAACUGUUGUUAAACUUAGUGAUCCUGUUGUUCGUGUGUUAAGGUUAGUUGAUUCAGAAGAUAGGCCUGCAAUGGGGUACUUAUAUGAUAGAAUUAUUAAGGCAAAGAACGCUGUCAUGAAAAUGUUCCACAGAAAUAGAAGGGAAUAUGAACCUUACAAGGAUAUUAUCAACGAUAGGUUGCAUAAGCACUUGACGCCAAAAAUUCAUAUCAUGGGAUAUUGGUUGAAUCCUGCUCUCCAGUAUAGUGAGGACAUGUCUAAGAGCCCGAGAAUUCAGUCCUCUGUCUUAGAUGUUAUUGAAGAUGUCGCAGGAUAUAAUCAAGCAUUGCAAAAUAAAUUGAUGACUGAAAAACAGAUUUUCCGGGAUGCAAAAGGUGAAUUUGGUCGGAGACUUGCAAUUAACCAACAUAAAACGAUGGCUCUAGAUGAAUGGUGGAGGAACUUUGGCUGUGCUACUCCUAACCUCCAGAAAUUGGCGACUCGGAUUUUUAGUCAAACUUGCAGUUCGUCGGGGUGUGAGAGGAACUGGGGCGUAUUUGAACGUGUACAUUCCAAAAAAAGAAACAGACUGGAGCAUUAAAUGAUUUGGUGUAUGUUCACUACAACCUUCGUUUAAAGAAUUGGACUAGGACCAAGAAAACAGUCUAUGAUCCUAUUGAUUCUGAUGCACUUGAUCUGACGGAAGAUUUGGUAGUAGAUGAUGAGCCAGACGAAAUUGAUAUAGAUGAACUUGAAGAUAUAGCUGCUGAUUUAACAAUUCCAACAUUUGAAAAUCAAACUCAGGGAUAUCAUGAUAUAUCACAAGCAAGAGAAGAUGAAGAUGACAGAGUGACAGGUGAUUGGAAUGAGUUUGAUAUGCAUUUCGAGAAUGAAUUUUCAGACCAUGUUCCAAAUGAUGCUUAUCACCAACAUUUCAAUCUAAACCAUCUUCCUUGAUAAUAGGAGUUAAAGUAGAACUAAGAAUUAAACUGCAACAGUACCUUGUUCGGUUACUUUUUAAGUCUUUUUACAUUUCUGGAUAAUUUUGCUGUUUCAAAUUUGAUGAAUAUUUUCUCAUUUCAAAUGCUUGAACGGAAGUACUUAAUUAAUUUUCUUAGAAAAAUACUUAUGGAAUUGAUUGUGGAUUAUCUAUUGAAAAGUCAGAUAUUCAG